UAGACUUUUAUUUGAAUUCAUGUUUCCUGUUGAUCUAUAUCUAAUGCUCAAGACCAUCAAAAAGCAAGGGAAAGGGUCCAAGUGCCACUGCCAUUCCCAACUCAUUCACUUUCACAGGAAGACACGGGGAAGGGUCUAAUUUCUCCUUCCCGUGUCACUCAUAAAUACAUACCUCACUCUCAAAAGCAAAGGAAAAUCAGACGAGCAAGAAAUGGGUGGUGAGACCAUGACCCCUCCUAACUUCCCUUCUGAGGAUGAACCCUCAGUUGACCAAGAUUUCCCACUUCCAUCAUUGUUUUCCCAGAACCCCACUUUAGUCAGGGACGAUUUAGGAAUGAAGGUUGACCAUGGAAAAAAGGAAGUGGAUAGGCUGCUUUGUGAAGAAUUUGGUCAAUUGGCUCCUCAAUUUUCUUCUUCUUCUCUGGAGUUUGAAGCUGAUGACAAGAGGAGACAUAACGUUUACAAAGAGGUCUUGCACAGUUAUUGUCAAUUGCAGGUUCGAAGUAUGAGUCUUAAUGAGGUCAAGAGCAAGGUUUUGAGUUAUGUCCCUGGAGCAUGGAUUGAGAAUGUUGGUGGCAUGAAAUCAAGUGAUUAUGAUGUUCCAAAAACAACAGCACUCCUUUUGAUUGGUCCAAAAGGGUGUGGAAAAAGUAGUCUUGUCAAUAAAAUUUCAAGGGUAUUUGAAGAUGACAAAUUUGCACCAGAAAGAGCUCAAGUAUCAUUUAAUUUGUCUGUUGGAGAUGGGACCUGCUAUCUUCAAGAAUACACGAUCCCAAGAGGUUCAGCUUCGUUCUGUCUUUAUGAUUCCCGGAGUUUGUGUAAUGACACUUCUGAUAACAUUAAUAUGAUUAAGUGUUGGAUGACAAAAGGUGUUCGUCAUGAGGAACUUGUUGUCAGGAAAUCAGAUCAAUCUAGUUUAAGGAGGAGAAUGAAGUGCAAAACACGAGAGCGAAGUUGGAAGUCCUGCGAGACCAGGACAGUUAAUUUUGUCAUUUUUGUUGUGGAUGGGAUUACUGUCUUGAAAUCUAUGGAGGGUGAUGGCCCAGACGAGACACAAUACAUGGAGAUGAUCACCAGGGCUUUCAUGUGUCCAUACGUGUCAUUUAAAGAUGAUAAACCUGCUGUGGUUAUCACACAUGGGGAUUUACUUUCACUUGCUGAUCGUGCUCGUGUCCGUGUUCAUUUGGGAGAGCUGCUGGGUAUUCCACCUGCAAAACAAAUUUUUGACAUUCCAGAAAGCGAUGAUCCAGCAACAGCGUUGACAAUUGUUGAUAUGUUGCGCUAUUCACUGGAGCAUGCAGAUCGAAAUCUGCCACGCAAGAACUGGGUAUACAAAGUCUUUCUAUCAGCAUGCACAUAUCUGUUAGCAAUGCUGGGGAUUGCCAUAGUAGCAGCUUACGUGAAACAUUUGAAAAUGAGACAUGCUCACAAAUCAGAAUUUCACAUAGAUUGGCGUGCUAUACGGCACAUGUGGUUAGAGGAUUAAUUAAAGUCAGCUUCCUUUGUCUAGUUCGAUACCCUUCAAUCAAGUUCAUACGCCACGUAAAUGCAUUCUCUUUGAAUGAUUUUGUAUAUGUAAAUGGUUUUAUCUUUGUGAUAUAGGUGGAUUUCCAAACUAUUUAAUGAUUGGAAUAAGCUUUGGUAUUGUUCUAAGGUUGACAGUGUAUUGGUUUAAUACAUUGUUAUGUUAAUAUGAUGAUUACUUGAUCUGUCA